GGUGCACUGCUGUUAUUGUGGACCAGAUCCGCCUCAGACCCGGAAGUGGAGCUGAACAAUGGUAGUGGGUGAGCAUCACAUGACCUGCACCCAUUACCUGUACACCCACUGUGCCUGGUCAUCACACAGGGUCACCUGGCACAGCCUGGGCACACAGUACCACUGAGUCACCCAUAACUGACUGUCACAUUGGCUUUUACUGACUCCCUGCCAGGUAGCAGCUACCUGUGUGCUGGUCAUGGAGUCACAGUGAUGGGGAAAGGCCAUUCUGGUCCCUAAUAGGAAGGUGGGGAGGAUGAGAAGAUCAGAAGAGCCACCCUGUCUGCUGGAGACAAGCACCAAGAAAAAUGUCACCUGGAACCCCACAGCUUGGGCUGUGGCUGCUGACCACUGCCUUGUGUCUCACACACCUGCUGCAGUGUAAUGCUGGGACCACCGUUUCACUCCCGGAAUCUCUGCUCUUUGUGUCAACGUUGGAUGGGAGUCUUCAUGCUGUCAGUAAGAAGAGUGGAGAAAUAGUGUGGACUUUGAAAGAUGAUCCGGUUAUUCAGGUCCCGCUGUAUGUGGCAGAACCAGCUUUCCUGCCAGACCCUAGUGACGGCAGCUUGUACAUCCUGGGAGGAAGGAAUAAAGAAGGGCUCAUGAAAUUGCCGUUCACCAUCCCAGAGCUGGUCCAGUCGUCUCCGUGUCGAAGCUCGGAUGGAAUUCUAUAUACAGGCAAGAAGCAGGACUCCUGGUUUGUUGUGGAUCCCAAAUCAGGAGAGAAGCAGACAACUCUAUCCACUGAGUCUUCAGACGGCCUGUGUCCGUCCUCGCCGCUCCUGUACAUCGGCCGCACGCAGUACAUGAUAACAAUGUAUGACACAAAGUCACGCGAACUGCGCUGGAAUGCCACUUACCUCGACUACUCUGCACCCUUUUGUGAUGAGAGCUAUGAAUACAAGAUGGCGCACUUUGCGUCCACUGGGGAUGGUAUGCUGGUCACAGCUGAUAAAGUCAGUGGGGAGGUGCUGUGGAUGCAGAACUAUGGCUCUCCAGUCGUCGGACUCUUCCUUUGGCACCAGGACAGCUUGCGGCGUAUUCCGCACCUCAAUGUUGCCAUGGAAACCCUGCGCUACUUGACCUUCAACUCUCAUGACAUCCGGCUCAUCAAAUGGAACUAUCAAGCUGUGCAAGACCUCAGCAGCACCAAGACGCACCUAUUGCCAUCUGUUUAUGUGGGUAAACAAGCGUCAGGUUUUUACGCAUCCACUUCUUUGAUCCACGAGGGAGUCGCUGUUGUGCCACGAGGGAUUACCUUGGUCCAAGUGGAAGGGCCCACCACAAAUGACGUCACCCUGAAGGAGUCCAGAGAGUUUGGUGUGACACCCAGCACAGAUGUCAAGUAUGCACAAGGGAGCAUAGUGUCUGCUCACCAGUGGCUGUUGAUAGGUCACCAUGAGUUGCCUCCUGUUGUUCACACCACAAUGCUGAGAGCGUUUCCUGAGACCUUGCGGAGGGACACAGAAACAAUCAUUCGUGGCCCUGUGCCACGGACACUCUUUGAUGAUUUCACGACCCCCCAAAAUCAAGCCGAGUUCUCUCAAGAUGACAUGGAGGGUCGUUUGAAGUCGGACUCUAGCAAAGUAGAAACAAGCAAUGUGCUACUCGAGUCUUCAAUGUCCAGCAUGCUCACUGCGGUCAUCAUAGCAUUGCUGGUUGGAGGAUGGGUGCUAUUUGCACUAACAUACCCCAGGAUGCAAGAGCAAAAUCGCCGGCAGCAACAAGAGCUGCAACAGCAGUUGGAAGAGAAACUGCAACGUCUCCAAUAUCCACCAAACGUGAGUGCUGACAACCAUUCAUCAUCUGUAACUCCGGAAACCUCUCUUUCUGCCAGAGACCAGGAUCCAGAAAGCAAUAACAGCAAUACACGAACAAGUGGAACUGAACCAAACAAUAACAAUACAAGUGGAACCAACAGGCCUGGUCGAGAACGUGCAGGAUCAGAAGAACAAGAUUCUGACGAGAUUACAAUCGGCAAAAUCUCCUUAUUUACUAAGGAUGUUUUGGGUCGGGGAGCCGGAGGAACUUUUGUAUUUAGGGGCAGGUUCGAUGACCGUCCAGUAGCCGUGAAACGGAUCUUACCGGAGAGUUUCACGCUGGCAGAUCGCGAGGUCCAGCUACUGCGGGAGUCUGAUGAGCACUCCAACGUAAUUCGUUAUUACUGCACGGAAAGCGACAAACUUUUCUAUUACAUCGCACUGGAGCUGUGCUCCGCCACCCUGCAGCAGUACGUGGAGGAUCCCAACUUACAAUGCCAUGGUCUGGAUCCGGUGACUGUACUAAACCAGGCCAUGUCCGGUUUGACUCACUUACACUCUCUAAACAUCGUACACAGAGACCUCAAACCAUGCAACAUUCUUAUCACCCAACCCAACGCUCAGGGCAAGCGGCGAACUGUUAUAUCGGACUUCGGCCUCUGCAAGAAGCUCGGUAUUGGGAGAAAUAGCUUCAGCCUUCGCUCUGGUAUCCCUGGCACAGAAGGAUGGAUCGCUCCAGAGGUCCUAAGAGACGGACCGAAAAAAAACCCAACGUCUUCAGUGGACAUAUUCUCAGCCGGCUGUGUAUUUUAUUAUGUGCUGGCAAAAGGACAGCAUCCGUUCGGUGACAGCCUAAGAAGGCAAGGAAACAUUCUCACUGGUUCUUAUAGUCUUUCUCACCUCAAGCAGGAAACUCACGAGAACAUCGUGGCUCGAGAUUUGAUUGAGAUGAUGAUCAGCAGUGAUCCAUUGCUCCGACCUUCAGCUAAGAAGGUCCUAAAACAUCCAUUUUUCUGGGCCCGAGAGAAACAACUACAAUUUUUCCAGGAUGUGAGUGACCGCAUUGAGAAGGAACCACAGGACAGCCCACUCAUUAUUGCCCUGGAGUCCAGAGCUCAAUCUAUUACCCGUUUGAACUGGCGUCAACAUAUAUCUGUUCCCCUGCAGACAGAUUUGAGGAAAUUUCGAUCGUACAGAGGUAAUUCAGUACGAGAUCUUCUCCGAGCUAUGAGGAACAAGAAGCAUCAUUAUCACGAACUCCCACCUGAAGUCCAGGAGACAUUGGGCUCCAUUCCCGAUGAAUUUGUAUUUUAUUUUACCUCCCGAUUUCCAUGCUUGCUCCUUCACACGCACAGAGCAUUGGAGAAGUGCGCCCAUGAGAGACCGUUCCAGUCUUAUUAUCACUGGGAGCCAGGACAAUGAAGUAGACUUUAAAGUUCUCUGCCACUUGUACCACAGCCCAAGACCGCCAUCGCUGCACAGAUCGGAGAGCACAUCCUUUGGCCAUCAAGGCAUGUCCUGCAGAACAGUGUUCCUUCUGUCUGUGGAUUACACUGCUUCAUAUUUUUGCACUGUAGUUUUGCUUAGCAAUGUUCUGAUUUUAGAGUAGAUCAUUACAACCACAGCCAGGCCAGAAUUUCGUGCCUUGUGUUUUCCGAAAAAACUCUACAUAUAUAUAUAUUUUAUUUUUAUUAUAAAAUAGUUGAAAGAAAAACACUGCCUUGUCCAUUGCACUACUGUCUUACGUCCGCUGCUGACAUCCGUUACCAUGAUUACAAGUGAAGUGGGCAGAAGGCAGUUAUCUUGUCAGAUACUACAUUUUUAGACAGACUGCAAACAUCGUAAAGCGGGGGGGUCAGGGGGGGGGGCAGUUACAAACAUGAAUCAAUCUGUUUUUUAUGAUUCUAAUUAUUGAUGAAAUCUUUUAUUUAUUUUUUUAGCUCCUUGGAGAACAUUGUUGUACAAUUUUAUUCUGUCUGAGGAUAAGAAAAAGUGUAAAUGUUUUGAUAUUUUAUAUAUUUUUUUCUCAAAAUGGCUAA